AUGAAAGUAUAUUAUAUAGGUAUAUUAAAAUCAAAUGGUGAUAAAACAAUAGAAUUAACAUCAUCAAGAGAUUUAUCACAAUUUUCAUUUUUUGAAAGAAAUGGAGUAUCACAAUUCAUGACAUUUUUUGCAGAAACAGUAGCUCAAAGAACACCUAAAGGACAAAGACAAAGUGUUGAAGAAGGAAAUUAUAUUGGUCAUACAUAUACAAGAUCUGAAGGAUUAUCUGGUGUUAUAAUAACUGAUAAAGAAUAUCCUGUUAGACCAGCUUAUACUUUAAUAAAUAAAAUAUUAGAAGAAUAUUUAUCAUUACAUCCAACAAAUCAAUGGGAAAAUAUUACAGAAACUACUCCAGAAUUAAAUUAUCAAUCACAAUUAGAUAUUUAUUUAAAAAAAUAUCAAGAUCCAAGUCAAGCUGAUUCAAUAAUGAAAGUUCAACAAGAAUUAGAUGAUACUAAAGUUGUAUUACAUAAAACUAUUGAAGGAGUUUUACAAAGAGGUGAGAAAUUAGAUGCAUUAGUUGAUAAAUCUGAAGCUUUAAGUAGUUCUUCUAGAAUGUUUUACAAACAAGCUAAAAAGACUAAUUCUUGUUGUAUAAUUAUGUAA